UGCUGAUAACAGGCUGCGGUGUUUGCAAAUGGUGCCGCGGAAGAUAACACUCUGUAAAACACCGUUAUAUUUUGAAUCGAACAAAAACGUUCUUGGAAAAGAGAAUGCGUAUCCUAGCCCUGUGGUUCCACGACUUACAAAAAUCGUUUGAAAAGUUAAAGGAUGUCGGAUGAAAGACGUUUAAAAUUCAUUGUUUUCUGUAAAAAAACAAUAACGAUUACGUAGUGCCAUUUUUUUUACAGAUAAUUAAGGAAAAAUUAAUAUGCCAUUAGUGCAAAGAAUUUUGUUCGCUCUUCGAGUGCUUUUGGAAGAUGAAUCACCUCCAACCAGAAAGAAAAAGAGAAGAUCCUCUUCUGGAACGGGCAGUCAAGUUCAGACUAGACAGGCAGCAGCCCUAGUUCUAACUUUCAAAGAUUUAUUCGCUUCUGGACAUUUGAAUCUAAUUCUGGAGGAUAUUGAAAGGAAUAAAGCUUCCCCAACUAAGAACAAAUGCAGUAGUAAGCUACAAAAAAGUCGAAUAUCCAUUGGCCAACCGUCUGCUUCAUCUAGCCCAAAAGUGCUUCGUAAUGGUGAAUCUGUGUCUUCGGGAACUGGUCAAAACUCUUCAAUGGCAACACCUUCUGUAUGGCCAUUGGUAAUAGAAGGUAUAGAUGAGAGUGUACCUUUAUUGCGCGAAGAACGGAUAAUUUCUUGUACCAGAAUUGACUUCGAAAGCAUCGACAAACUUUUGGCCAAAAGAGUGGCCAGUAGACUGUCCAGGAACGAAGAUCGUGCUCAGGAAUCGACUUCUAAAACAGUGAGUUGCUCGACUGGCGAAAAAGUAACAGUGUCUUUAUCGCCUGAUGACGAAAAAGAAACAGUUGCUGUGUUAAGGAAAGUUUUUAAGUGGUCGCCAAGGAAGCAGAGUGCUGUGACGUUCGAAGUUCCUUUGACAAAAAAAGAAGAGCACAAGGCUGUCGCUGCCGUGCAGAAUGCAGUCAAUCGUGUCAAAGAAGAAAAUUUCAAGAAAAAGAAGAAGUGGAAAUUUCCUAAACUAUCACUGUGCUAAUUAACAAGAAAAGGAUUAAAUAUGUGUGUUUAUUACCGAAAUGUUUAAUUCCGCUAACUGACCAAAUGAGAUUUAUAAAGGCAUUUAAUCUUACUAGUUAUGAUCUCAACUUACUAUAUGUUGAAAAAAGCUCUUAAAAAAUUGCUAAGUUUACUGCAAGUCUUAGCAAUUUUCUUAGUCCUGUAAGAGUGAUAUACUUUUUCCGAAUACUUCCAAUUGCAAAUGCGAGAAUGUGUAAAAUAACUAAAUUUUCUUGAAUUUCUAACGUGUUAAACUGUUCUUCAAAUUAAGUUUAAUGUAUAUGAUGGGUUUCUCCAAGACCUGUAAGAAUACUGUAGUUUUCCAAACUGGAAAAAAAGGAAGUUCUAAUGUUUUGGUACUUGAUGCAUAAUAUGACACAAAACUGAAUCAAUUAGCUUUAUGUUGAACCAUUCUUCACGAAUGCUACGAGUACUUUGCUGUUUGUGAUGAACUAUUCUAGACUAAAAUUGUAGUAACCAAAAUACUUACAACUCCAGUAUUCUGUGCUAAGAAAAUCUAUUUAAUGGAUCAGUGGAAUUAAUUAGCUUUGACAUAUUAAACAAUUCUUCAAGAGUUAAAUUAACUUAUGUUAUAGAUUUUUCUAGAUACGUAAAAGCAGUUUAGAUUUCCAAGGUGGUUUUAGUUCUAUUAUUUAGGCACACUCUGUGCUAAUAUAAUGCAUAAAAUAACUCAACUAACUUAAAACUAAUCCAUUAGUUUUAAAAUAUCAAGCGAGUCUUCAAAAAUGCUAAGUUUGUGUGUGAUAGAUUUUUCUAGUCAUGUAACUGUAGUUAUUUUAAUUUUAGACUGUAGAAAUUUAGAAUAUUAAAUUAAAAAUAAAUUUUAAAUUCAA